AUAUAUUUUGGGCGGACAACUUCCGUUUCGUUACAAAAAUGGCUGCCGCCAGUGGUAAAUGUGAGAGUUGCAUGGUGCUCUUAAAUAUAUAUGAUAUUUGAAGAGACCCAAGUGUGUCCGUUUUGAUGCACUUUCAGUCAAAUGAGAAACUGAAUUGAUGUUAGUCGGGUAACAAAAUACUUGAGUUAAAGCGCAAAGGGCGGAUUAGGUGAUUAAUUGUGUUCAGUAGUUCUUUACCAUAUAACUCAAAAUGUCUGUUCCAACUUUAUUUGUUCGAAAUUUGCCGACGUCUGCCUCUAAUGGACGCAUGGAAGAAAUAUUUGCCGAAAUAGGACCCGUGAAAAGUUGUUUCGUUGUAAAAGAGAAGGGAACAGACAAAUGCCGAGGGUUUGGAUAUGUUACUUUCUCUAUGGAGGAGGACUCCCAAAGAGCUAUAAAGGAAAUCAAGGAAUACGAUGGACAGAAAAUCUCGGUGUCUGUAGCCAAGAAGAAACUGGAUAACAAGAAGAAAGGGGCGAUCAAGGAGUCUGCUCCAAAAGAACAGAAAUCAAAAGGUCUGAAAAAGAACAGAAGGAAAGCGAGGCUGAUCAUAAGAAAUCUCAGUUUCAAGUGUACUGAGGGUGACCUCAAAGAGGUCUUUUCGAAGUACGGGACAGUGCUGGAAGUGAAAAUUCCCCUAAAGCCAGAUGGGAAAAUGCGUGGAUUUGCAUUCGUCCAGUUUAAAAACAUGCUGGAAGCCGGAAGAGCCCUGAGUCUCACAAAUCUAAAGGAAAUUAAAGGAAGGCAAGUAGCUGUCGACUGGGCAGUUGCGAAGGACAAGUACAUGACUACGGUUAAUGUGCCUGCAGGGUCCAAAAAGGGUGGGGAGGAGGCCAAGGAUCCGGAACCGGAGUCUGAAGAGGAAAUCGAUCCGCCGGCUCUGAGCACAACUGGCAUUGCAGAGAAGGCUGAUGAUGAAUCAGAUAGCGGGAGUGCCGAAGGUGGUGAUGAAGAGGAGGAGAAGGGGGAGAUGGAUCAAGAAGAAAAGCAAUCAACAUCUGAGGGGGACUCGAAUGACAGUGACCCUGGAUCGGAUGAGGAUGAGGAUGAUGAAGAUGAUGAUGAAGAUGAAGACGACGACGAUGAUGACGAUGAUGAUGAUGACGACGAUGAUGAUGAUGAUGAUGAUGAACAUCCAGCCAAGAAGAAGCCUCUACCCUCCGACGUCAAUGAAGGGAGAACGGUCUUCAUCAGAAAUCUGUCCUUUGACACAGCAGAGGAAGACAUAGAAAAAACUCUGCUUGAGUUUGGAGAGAUGAAGUACAUUCGCAUUGUGCUUCAUCCGGACACUGACCACUCAAGAGGUUGUGCCUUUGCACAGUUUAAGACCAAAGAGGGGGCGGAGAAAUGCAUUGGCGCAGCGCAGGACAGCUCGGAGAACGGUGGCAUCCGAGUGGAUGGGCGGCGGCUGAACAUCGUGCUGGCGGUCAGCCGCGACGACGCCGCCAAACUGAAAGACAAGACGGCGGUAAAGACGGAGACGGGGACCCGGAACCUGUACCUGGCCAGGGAAGGACUGAUCCGGGCCGGGACAAAAGCCGCCGAGGGCGUCCCUGCCGCAGACAUGGCCAAGAGGUCGAGGUUUGAAGAGCUGAAGCGGAUAAAGCUGCGGGACGUCAACGUCUUCGUGUCAAAGACGCGCCUGUGCGUGCACAACCUGCCCAAGUCGGUGGACGUGAGGCUGCUGCGGCAGCUGUGUGCCAAGGCAGUGGGUGGCGGGAAGGAUGUACGAAUCACCGAGUGUCAUGUGAUGUACGACAGGAAGCCGCAGGGCGGGAAGGUGGUCGGCCGCUCCCUCGGCUUCGCCUUCGUCCAGUUCCAGCAACACGAGCAUGCCCUGGCCGCCCUCCGGCACCUCAACAACAACCCCGAGAUCUUCGGCCCGCACAAGAGGCCCAUUGUGGAGUUCUCUCUUGAAGACAGCAGGAAGCUGAAGCUGAAGGAGAUGCGAGCUCAGCAGAAUAAGCUCCGUGCCAAGCAAAACAUGAUGAAGCAGCAGGAGCAGCCACAGCAGCGAGGGAAGUGGCAGGAUCAGCCACAGCAGCGAGGGAAGCGGCAGGACCAGGACCAGCCGCAGCAGCGAGGGAAGUGGCAGGAUCAGCCGCAGCAGCGAGGGAAGUGGCAGGAUCAGCCGCAGCAGCGAGGGAAGUGGCAGGAUCAGCCGCAGCAGCGAGGGAAGCGGCAGGAUCAGCCGCAGCAGCGAGGGAAGUGGCAAGACCAGCCGCAGCAACGAGGGAAGUGGCAGGAUCAGCCGCAGCAGCGAGGGAAGUGGCAGGAUCAGCCGCAGCAGCGAGGGAAGUGGCAGGAUCAGCCGCAGCAGCGAGGGAAGCGGCAGGAUCAGCCGCAGCAGCGAGGGAAGCGGCAGGAUCAGCCGCAGCAGCGAGGGAAGUCAGGUGGUAAUGUAGUGGCACCCCUGCAGGCGGCCCAGGACAUUGCAGGCACGCCCAAGAAUUACUCAGGCUUCAAGACCACACCUGUAGUGGAGGAGGUGGAGCUUGAGGACGGGAAGAAACGAAGGAAGGUCCUACCCAUGCCCUCACACCGGGGGCCCAAGAUCAGGAAACGGGAUAAGGGCAAACGGCCGAUGGCGGAGCCCAAGAAGCUGAAGAAUCAGCCCAAGCGGAAUGAGCGAGCACCUUUCUCCCGCAUGGAGAAGGAGAGUCAGUCCAGGACUCGGGCUACAAAGCAGAGGGAUAGAGACCAUGAUGGUUUCGAGAGCCUGGUGGAGCAGUACAAGAAGAAGCUGUUGGGAAAUGCCACUGUGUUCACGACUAAGAAAACCAAAUGGUUCAGUGGGUGAAGUGCCCCCCCCCGCGACCUGGUAUCAGGUACACGGGACGUUAAGAUCUACGAUGAAAGGAUAGGGAGAGUACACCUGUUUGUGGAAAUGUUCAGCUACACUAGGCAGCCUGGAGGAAGAAAAAAACAUUCAGGGCACGUUGACAGUUGGGGGGGCAUGUUCCUUAUUCAAGGACAUUCUGAGGAGUUGCCGAUCAUUAUCUUUUUUCUGCAUGGUUUGUGCUGUGGGCUGUAUGCAAGUCCUUUUACAAACUGAUGUCUGAACUUUUUAUUACAUUUGACAAAAAAAGAAUAUACAUAUAUUUUACCCGACUGCUGGGCCCGUAUAUUUGACUACAGAAGAAAAUGUAUGGUUCUAGUCUAUUUCCAAUGUAGGUGUGACAGUUUUUAGAUUUUUUGAUUGUUUUGAAAGUUUUUGUGUCAUUUUAAGCAUCUGUGAAGUUUCUUAAGUUGACUAACAUUUAUUGUAUAGUAUACAUCAAAAACUGGGUCUGAAGAUCGCCUCCAUGAAAAUGAAUAUUCAGAAUCUCCAUAGUGUUUCACAUUCAAAAAAAUGUUCUGUUGCUACUUUUUGAUGUUACCCUCCUGAUGUGCAUCCUGCGGCAGGGAAGCCAGCUCAUUUUGGGAUCCCUCUCUCACAGAGAUGAAUAAAAAUAUUCCAUAUUCAAACUGUAAA